AAACACUAAAACCCUGAAGAACAACUGCUGCAACUCCAAACUCCGAAAUCCAUGGUCGGCUGCAUCACCAGACAAGCGGAAGGCGCAAACGAUUCGGACCCUUUGUCGAAGUUGGUUGAUUUUUCACUCUGCUUGGUCCGAUAUCUUUCCUGCGAACUUGGAUUUCCCUGAAAUUUAGGUUUUGCUGCCUAUUUCGCCUGUUCUUUUUGGGAAAACUCGAAUCUUCCGAAAGCAGAAAACAAUGGUCAGAACCCUAAUUGGGUUUCCAGGUUCGUGGGCAGAUGACGAACGCGAGUCGUCUGAUCAUUACACAACUAAGAUCGGUGGUCUUCCGGAUUGGCCGCCACUAUCUGAGGAUGCACUGAGAACAGAACUACUGAGCUGCCGUUCUUGUGGAAGUAGACUCUCUCUCGUAGCUCAGGUGUAUGCCCCAAUUUCUACUGAGAAUUCCAACAUUGAAGAACGGACUGUUUAUGUAUUUGGCUGUUUGAUGCUGAAUUGUGGAACAUCUGAACAAAGCUGGAGAAUAUUUCGUGUUCAGAAAGCCCACGAUGAGAAGGAACCAAGCAGGUUAUCAGGCAUUUCUGCUGCCUCUCCUCCGGCUUUAGCCUCAAAAACUAACUUGUGGGACUUAGGCGGUGAUGAAGACGAUGAAGAUUUUGAUUUAGGGAGUUUAGCUGAAGCUCUCUCCGAGGCUGCGGCUGUUGCUUCCAAUUCAAAGAAACAGACCAAAUCAGGUAGCAAAUCGGGUUUAGAGACAAAAGUAAAGCACUCACCUUUAAAAUCAACUACAAGAGUUGGGGGUGAAAAUAGCCAAGAUAAAGGUCAAUCUAUUGCAGUGGUACCGUGUUUCUACAUUCAUUCGCAGGAAGAGAGCCCAUCAAAAGAUGUUGGCUCUCUCGCAAUGAAUUAUUCAGCCCUUUCCAUUAGGGAUAGAGAGACCGAGAAUGAUGAUGAGCAUGGAAGUGAAGAAAAGUGGGAAGACGAGAAGUAUGAAUACGACAAAGCUCUGAAUGCUGACAGGACUUACCUUAAGUUCAAAAAACGGCUAGACGCUAAUCCAGAGCAGUGUUUCAGGUACUCAUAUGGUGGUAAGCCCCUUCUGGCUACCGAAAUAGUGAAAGCACCCGAGAAGUGCGAACGUUGUGGCUCCCCAAGGUUAUUCGAGAUGCAACUCAUGCCUCCAUUGAUAUAUUUUCUACAAGAAGCGGUUUUGGAUAAUAGCCUCAAGCAAUCAUUAGAUAACUGGGAUUGGAUGACACUGAUAAUCCACACUUGUUCCAAGAGUUGUUCAAGGACAGUAGAAGAGGACAAGUCAGUGACAGAUGGCGAUUGGAUUGUGGCUGAGGAGUUCAUCACCGUGCAGUAUGAGCAGCCGAUGAAUCUUGAGCGUGUGAACUAUUUCCAAUGAAUUUGGUUUAGUAAUUCAAAUACUUUAAUUUAGAAAUAACUUACAUAAAUAUAGUCUUAAUAUAUAAAUUCUUUCCUUUUUCUUUUAACGUUUUAAUCACCAUCUGAGUUCCUCAGGUUCUUUGGAUUCUUUGGACAGAUAUGCAGAUCGUUCAUAGUUCAGGUCAGGAUAUCUCUCGAUGAGUUUUGUAAUGUCUAACGUUGUCUGAUCAAUCUGGUAACCAUCAAUAAUACUUUAACAUGGUUAGUCCAUAAAUGUCUAA